GGUAUAUUGUGAACCGGCAAUAGACGAUAUUUCGUGGUAGAGUGUCGUAAUAUAUAUAUUGUAGUGUUAAUUUGUAAUAUUGUGCUGUGUUAAUAUAAAUUAGAAAUAACAAUAAUGAUAUUUGACGAAGCGGAUGGCAUAUUUGAAUUUUUGCGCGGGACAUUGCCGUAUUAUACAAUUGCAGUUGUCCCAAUUAUAAUUAUGGUGUCAGUAACUCCGGUAUUAGGAGCACAUGAAUUCACUGUGUAUCGAAUGCAGCAGUUUGAUCUGCAAGGAGCUCCUCAUGGUUGUCGGAAUUCUAUAAUUAAUGUUGAAGCAAGAACUCUGAAUACUGCCACUUACAACAGAAAAUGUAUUGUAGCUCGUUUAUCUGAACUUAGUCAGACACAUUACCAAGAAGUUAUUCAACAAGGAGCUGCAGGAUUACUGAUACUGUUGCCUUCCAAUAUAAGUUCUUUGUCUGCAGAACAACAGCAACAUAUCAUGGAACUAGAAAGAACAUUAUUAGAAGAAGAAGUGAAUAUUCCUAUUUAUUUCACUCAAGAAACACCUGAAAUGGAAGAAAUUUAUAACAGUGUUCAAAAAUCACCUAAUAAUGAAAGAGCUGGCACUGCAGCUGAAGAACUUAUAGGUUCUGUUACAACAAGUGGCUUCCAAAUGGUUAUAACUGGAAGUUCUCCUAAACCACAAACAGAUGUGCAAAUUGCUAGUAUUCAGGGUAAAUUACCAGGUUUUGGCGUAGAAGAACAAUUACCAACAGUAGCAUUGGUUGCACAUUAUGAUGCAUUUGGAAUUGCCCCAGCAUUAUCAUUUGGUGCUGAUUCUAAUGGUAGUGGAGUGGCAGCAUUGUUGGAAUUGGCUCGGCUUUUGUCACAUUUGUAUACUAGUUCUCGUACUCAUCCAAGAUUUAAUUUAUUGUUUCUUCUGUCUGGUGGUGGAAAAUUUAAUUACCAAGGAAGUAAGAAAUGGAUAGAAGAUAAUAUAGAUAGUUCUGAAGGCAGUUUAUUACCAGAUUCUCUGUAUACAUUAUGUUUAGAUACAAUAGGAACGGAUGAUUCAUUGUAUUUACAUGUAUCAAAGCCACCUAAGGAUGGAAGCCCAGGAUCAUUUUUAUACAAGGAGUUACAGAAUGUUGCAAAUUGGCUUUAUCCCGAAAUGAAUGUUAGUAUGGUUCAUAAGAAAAUUAAUUUAGCUGAAGAAGUCUUGGCAUGGGAGCAUGAACGAUUUAGUAUUAGACGUCUACCAGCUUUCACUCUUUCUCGGUUGCAUGUACCAAAACUUCUUAGUCGAAUGUCAAUAUUGGACACAAGGGAUAAAGUUGAUGUUGAUAAACUUGCAAGGAAUGUGAAAAUCAUAGCAGAAGCUUUAGCUCGUCACAUGUACAAUUUGUCUGGAACAUUUAAAGCAGAAAUAUUCUCAGAUGGAUUAGCUGUACAGAAACAGUUUUUAACAGCUUGGAUUGACUAUCUCAGUUCCAAUUCACGUAGUGCCCAACUUUUAGCUUCCAUAUCACCUAGACAUCCGUUAGUCACAACUCUGGAACAAACAAUGGCACGGUAUCUUAAAGAAGUACGAACUUCCAUUUUUAAACCAGACAGGAGGUAAAUCAAAUUUUGUUAUAG